AUGGCAAGUGGGGCCGUGUACUCGGUACCGGUGCGGGUGGCACAGUUUGCCUCAUUUGUGCACGAAGUAAAGCAGGAGGUGCUGUCUAGUAUCUAUGCUGUCAAGCAAUUUCGCCCAAGACGUUCCGGCGAAUCGGUUAUCGAAACAGUCAACAUCGUCUGCGAUCAUGGCCAUUACUAUGAGGUCAUGGAGUAUGUUCCCUACGACCUCUUCAGCGUCGUCGUGUCUGGCCGCAUGCUACGUCCAGAAAUUUUCUGCGUCUUCCGUCAGAUCUGCAACGGCGUCGCAUACCUUCGCUCUCUAGGCCUAGCACAUAGAGAUCUAAAGCUCGACAACUGCGUCAUGACACAGGGCGACAUCGUUAAACUAAUCGAUUUCAGAACUGCUGUCGUAUGUUGA